AAUCGUGCCACCAUCAACGGAUCCUGUCAGGUCAACAGACAAACCAAUUCCACGAUAUGUCUGACAGACCGCUCCCCUCGUCCUUUGACGAGAAUGAGGAUUUCUAUAAUGAAUCCGGCUUCCGAAAGGUCCUCCGCCGCCUGAAGCAGGAGCCCCUCGUGCCGAUCGGCUGCAUCCUCACGGUGGCCGCCUUUACCAACGCCUACCGCGCCAUGCGCCGGGGCGACCACGCGGGCGUGCAGCGCAUGUUCCGCGCCCGCGUCGCCGCCCAGGCCUUCACCGUGUGCGCCAUGGUCGCGGGCGGCGUCUACUUUAGCCGCGAGCGGAAGCAGGAGCGCGAGCUCUGGAAGCUCGAGCGCGACCGCGACGCCGAGGAGAAGCGCCAGCGCUGGAUCCGCGAGCUCGAGGCCCGCGACGAGGAGGACCGCGCCUUGCGCGAGCGCCUCGAGCGGAGGAGGAAGAGGGCCGCCGAGAGGGGGGUCGAUGGUCCCGGAGGCGCCGGCGGCGGCGGUGGCGUCUCGGAGGCGGUCGCCCAUGCGAGGGCCGGGGCAAAGGGUAGUAAGGAGGCCGAGGGGGCCAGCGGGGAAGGGGAGCCCAAGGUGGUUGCCGAGGUCGAGUCUGGCGAUGAGCUGCUGAGUGUGGAGAAGAAGGAGGGCAAAAGCUUCUUCGGGUCGCUGGGCGGUUUGCUUGGUGGAUCAGGGGACAAAAAAGAGACGCCGAGCGAUCCGAGAUCAGAACAUGAGGGUCAGAAGGUCGAUCCGGAGGCUGCGAAGAAAUAGGAAGGGAUGGGACGGUGUAUACAUACAUGUGUUGGCACAUGAGGCAAGGGGCAAAAACUACUACCAUCUUCAAAUUGUACCAUAUGGGAUCAAUGGAUUACGGGACGGCUACAGGCCCAUGGGCUGACGCCCUUCGUUUACCUUCUACUCC